ACCAAGUAAACAAAUGCUGAAAACUAUCAGCAGACAAGCAAGAGUAAUUUCUCACCCAGCACUCAAAUCUUAUACACACUGGGUACAGUUAUAGAAAAAGAAGUAUUAUGGCAGCAGUGGUUCAGGAAAGGACUGUCCCUCCCACUGAUACUCUGAUAAAGUAUGACAAUCCUGUCCUUGUCACAACUCACCCAGAAAAGAAGAAUAAAGAUGCAUCGCCAUCUAAGGUUGGGACGACUGCAUGUAAAGUACAAACGGCACCUCCAACAACUGAUAUUCGACGCGAAACUGAUGAGAUUCUGAAUGGAAUUCUGCCUCCAAAAGAAUGGGAGGAAGAUGGUCAGAUAUGGACUCAACGUGUGUCAAGUAUACCGGCUACCAGAUUAGAUGUCAUCAAUUUGCAAGAACAACUUGAUAUGAGACUACAGCAGCGACAAGCUAGGGAGACGGGAAUCUGUCCUGUCAGGCGAGAACUUUAUACGCAAUGUUUUGAUGAAGUGAUCCGCCAAGUAACAAUCAACUGUGCUGAACGAGGGUUACUUUUGUUGCGAGUUAGAGAUGAGAUUCGCAUGACUAUGGCUGCAUAUCAAACACUCUAUCAAAGUAGCAUAGCAUUUGGCAUGCGUAAGGCUUUACAGGCUGAACAGGGAAAGGAAGAUCUUAUAUCAGCUGCUGACGAAUUACGCGUUCAAAAAAUCGAGCUUGAAAAAAAUGUUGCUGAGUUAAGACAGAAAUUCGAACAAGCAGAAACGAGAGCUGCUGAAUUGCGCGAAGCUGAGGAUAAAAAACAUUCCGAGGAAAUUCAAUUUCUAAAGAAAACAAAUCAGCAACUCAAGACACAACUUGAAGGAAUCAUUGCAACAAAAAAGUGAUUCUCAAGCAAACAAUUUCAUUUCUAGGAGUUUGUACAGGCUUUUCCAUAUGGAAUACUGUUUCUCAUGAAAACAAUUUCUCAUCAUAUAAAAUACAUAAAUAUUAU